GUCAUCGACAGCGGAUGAAUAUUCCUGCAUCGAAUUAUUAAUUUUUGCUUUGUUAAAAUGAAUGAUUGAACAAGAAAAGAAUAAAAAGGCUCUCAGAGCUAGAUCACAGAAUCAAAGAUUUCAACAUGGAGUUCAAAAUGAAUACCAUACAGGUGACAACUUCAGAAGGAAUUCAGAUAGGUCACCUGACUAACAGUAAUAACAAUGCCUAUACUUCGGGUAUGAUGAGUGACGAUAUCAGUGAACCUAGUUCUCCAGAGAGUUCAUUUGAUGCCAACGACUUGUACAGUAAUGCUGUUAAUGAUGAUGUUACAGCACAGUUGGCUGCUGCAGGUCCUAUUGGUGUAGCAGCAGCUGCUGCCAUUGCCUCAGCCAGGAAGAGAAAACAUCCACAUCACUUUGAAACAAAUCCAUCCAAACGUAAACGACAACAGACCAGACUUCUCAGGAAGUUGAAAGCAACAAUAGAAGAAUACACCACCAGAGUUGGACAACAGGCCAUUGUGUUGUGCUGUACUCCUGGUAAAAUGUCACAAUCUGUUCAUGCAUAUAAAGUAUUUGGAUCACAACCUCUUGAGAGUGUGAUAAGAAGCAACAAACCAAUGAUUCUUCAGGACUUGGAGACAUCUUUAGCAGAACAAGCUCCACCAAGUCAAGCAGAUAAUUCUGGUUUGCAUGAAUUACCUCCCCUGGUGAUUGAUGGUAUUCCUACACCAGUAGAUAAAAUGACACAAGCCCAGCUGAGGAAUUUCAUCCCAGAAAUGUUAAAAUACUCAACAGGUCGUAGUAAGCCAGGCUGGGGAAAAGAAGAAUGCAGACCACCUUGGUGGCCUUCUGAUUUGCCAUGGGCCAAUGUCAGAAGUGAUGCACGUACAGAUGAGGAUAAAAAACGGGUAUCAUGGACUGAAGCUUUAAGAACAAUUGUUAAGAACUGUUACAAACAUCAUGGUAGAGACGAUUUAUUACAUGUGUUUCAAGACGAUAAUCAGAGUAGUGCUAAUCAGACACACCAUGUUCACCAUCAGCCACAGAACUUUGGUGGUACCAUGGUUCAGACUAUAAACAAUCCUGACGGUACAGUGUCAAUAAUACAGAUAGAUGCAGGACCACAGUCAAUUGUCACCUUGCCUGACGGCACACAAGCCACUGUUGUACAAUGUAUAAAUACACCUCAGCAUGAGGCAACACAAGCAGUACAGACAUUGGCUGAAUCUUCAUCCAAUCAAAAUACAGAUAUGUCCCAGUCAUAUAACAGUCAGAUUGGUACUGUUAGUCUAGAUAUGGGUGGAGAUAAUCCUUCACAAAUGGCAGCUCUUCCAAUCAACCAGAAUGGUCAAAUAGUAUUUACCAAUGAUGGACAGAUAGGAGGAAUAGUAACUAUCCCUGUAUCCAUGUACCAGUCAAUGACGGGAACGUUAACGGCCAUUGAUCCAUCACAGCUGUCUCAUUCAACGCCACAACUCACACAACAACAAAUACAACAUAUACAACAGCAGCUGCAGCCUCAUCUUGCCCAACACCUUGGUCAGAUUACCAUGGUCUCCGCACCUAGUGAAACCUCUCCUAUGGACAUUAAACCCCAAACAUCAUCAGUACCUGAUGCUACUCAGGCUGUUGAAGUCAUGACUGUUGAUCAGCCACAGUGAAUCUUGUUGUUUUGGUGCAUAAUUAUAAAUUUAUGUUUUUAAAUUGUUGUUUUUGGCUUUGACAAAAAUGCUGUGUUCCCAGUUAGACAACUUAUAUUUUUACAUUGUUAAAUUUCUUUUAAGGUUAAAGCUUUGAACAUAUGGAUGUCAAUGAAAAUACUAGUACAAAGGAAGCUUUAUUUUGAGAAUAGAUUUAUAAGUUGUUUUAUUUCUUGUUAUAUUUCUGUUUAAAAGAUAUUGUUCAUUUUGCCUCAUCUUCAUGAUGUUUAGUACUUUUACAAAGUUUAAAUGGUGAAAUUUGACAAAAAGAUAUUUAGUUUACAAAUGUGGUUUUGAUUGAAUUGUAAAACUAAAGCUUUAGAUUUAUAUCUUGAACUGAAAAUGUGUGCAAAGAAGUCCAAUGUUUCUUUCAUUCUACUUAUACAUCUUUUGAAGGCAUUCAACUUAUAGAUUAUUUUUUAUUUCAAUUAACUUUUGUAUUAAUUGAAAUAUUAUUUUGACUGAAAAAAUCAAAACAAAUGACCAGAACUUUCUAUUAAUAUCUAACUGGAAGCACAGCACUUUUUUCUUUGCCUUAAUUGUAUUAUACUGGUAAUUUAUGUUUGAUAUGAAUUGAUAUGAUAUAAUGUCACAAUUUUUAAUGAAAAUGCUAUUAAUUUUA